CCGGCCGUGCGCCUGCGCCCUAAACUCUCCUCCUCCGAAGCUUCCGCUCGGCUUUUCCCGGAGGGAGCCUGUUCCUUCCUGUCAGUUAGUCAGUCAGUCAGUCGCCGGCUUGCUUCGGUCUCCCUUUCACGCGGAACUGGCUCCCGUCGCCUUUUUCUUCUCUUUUCUCCCUUUUUUCGGCUAUGGCUCAGCUUUGCUACAACCGGGGAUGCGGGCAGCGCUUCGAUCCUGAGGCCAACACGGAUGAGUCAUGCACCUAUCACCCCGGAGUGCCAGUCUUUCAUGAUGCUCUUAAAGGCUGGUCGUGCUGUAAAAGAAGGACCACAGACUUUUCUGACUUCUUAAGCAUUGUGGGUUGCACAAAGGGUUUCCAUAAUAGUGAGAAGCCCCCGGAACCAGUCAAACCCGAAGUUAAAACUACCUCUGAGCGAAAGGAGUUAGCUGACCUGAAGCCUAAAUUUCAAGAACACAUAAUACAGGCACCAAAACCAGUGGAAGCAAUACAGAGGCCAAGCCCAGAUGAGCCAAUGAGUUACUUGCAAAUGAAAGUUUCAGCUUCCUUGAAGCAAGCAUUAGAGAAAUUAAAGCUGACAUCGGGGAAUGAAAUAAAAAAAGAAGAUGACAGCGAUGAAAUAAAUAUUGGGACUACAUGUAAAAAUUCAGGCUGUACAAAGACAUUUGAAGGACCGCACAGCAUGGAAGAAACAUGUACAUACCAUGCAGGUGUGCCUAUAUUCCAUGAAGGGAUGAAGUAUUGGAGUUGCUGCAAGAGGAAAACCUCAGACUUCAAUACUUUCUUGUCUCAAGAAGGUUGUACAACAGGAAUACAUGUAUGGGUUACGAAGGAUGCUGAGAAAAAAGUUGUUCCAUGCAGGCAUGAUUGGCAUCAAACUGGACGUGAAGUGACCAUUUCAAUUUAUGCUAAGAAUUCAGUUCCUGAACUCAGCCAUGUAGAAGCAAAUAGCACAAUGGUAAAUAUCCAUAUCGUCUUUGAAGGUGAUAAGGAAUUUAACCAGAAUCUGAAUUUAUGGGGUGUGAUCGAUGUGAAAAGGAGUUAUGUAAACAUGACGGCUACAAAGAUUGAGCUCACUAUGAGGAAAGCUGAGCCCAUGUUAUGGGCAGGAUUGGAACUCCCAGUGUCCAAAGUACAACAGAAACAGCAGCAAGACAUUGCAGAGCAAGCUUGAAAACUAAGAGGCCACUUUUUGCCCCUGGUGAAAUGGUGACUUUGCUGUUGUAAUAUGACUUGACUUUAUAUGUAAUCACUUUUUUAAAAAUGUAUGUAUGUUGCAUUCCAACUUGAGUGUAGUGCUAGGCUUUUCAAUAGCACAAUAUAUUCCUUGUUUUGUUGUACUGACCCUUAUCUGCACAGUUAAGGCUGGUGCUCCUUGAAGCCUUGUGAGUGUCAGAUUAGGAAUCAGGAGGAAUUCAGAGUCCAAUAGUCCAAUGAUAGACAUACUUCAACUCACAGUUGUGAGACAUCCAACAAAGUGGGAUUAUGAGAAGUUUGCUUGAUUGACUUCUUUGCUUUGAAAAUAAUUGUUGUCCUUGGGAUCCUCCAGCUCUUCACUUAGACGAAGUUCUCAUUCAUAGUCUAAACUUGUUUGGGCUAUACUACUUCAUACUGCAGGAGGGUGCUCACCUGAUUGAAUGUUCCCCCAUACAAAAAAAUCACUUCACCUAGAAAACUAGCUUUUUUUGCACUGAGGAGCAUUCAGUCAUGCAAACUCCCACUAGAGACUCAGUCUUGCCACUUUCAGUGAGAACUAGAUUUUAGUUGAAAGUUUAUAUUGUGAUGACUUUGGUGACUACCUUCGUGUAGGUUACUUACUCCAAGAAAGUUUUAACUUUUGAAGUUUUUACUGUUACAUUUUGUGAAUCUGAAUUUGCAUCUAAAUUAAGGCUUGUCUACAUUUAAAAGCAGUGAUAGGAAUCAGGCAUGAAUGUUUGCAUACAGGCAACAGUUUACCAAGUCACUGAGCAUCUAGCUAUGCGAGGAAGCUAGUCUGUAACAUCUUACAAGUUAUUCUUAAAUAAGGUGCCUUAAUGCCCUUCUGGGAACCCUUCUACAUAUCCACAUCCAGGGAAGCGGUGAAAUUCUCACCAUGUAAUUGGGUUCUGCAUUUCUUUCCUUAUCCCCCCGGUGGUUUUCGGGCCAUAGCAGAGACAGCACAAAAGGGUUGUUGCUGCCUUAGGCACGUUUCAGGUUCUAUGCACACACGUUUGUGCAUAUGACACCUGUGGCAUCUUUUUCAUACUGAGCAGCAUUAUGACAGAGUGAUAGGAAAGUAACCUGAUCAUUUCUAUACUUUACAGUUGUGUCUAUGUCCUGCUAACUGAUGAGAUACAAGAACCUUUUUCUGUACUUUCUGGGAUUCAGGGCAAGUAUCUUAGUGAGCUGCUAAGUUGGCUCUGUAUGCCUGUAAAAGUGCUGGCAGAAACAUUCUCUAAGACACACAAAAUAGCUACGCUAAUUCUGGCACUCGAGGCAGUUGUCUGUUUGGGCAUGCCGGGGCCCAUAUUGAGAAUUGCCACACUAUUAAAUGUUUGUCUAGUAAUGGUUGACUUUCUGUGACUCAGUACCCAUGAAAUCUGACACCUGGCAUGGAAUUCCAUGGCUGCUCACUCCUUUUAUAUCAAAUUUCUAACCCUUAUUGUUGUGAAGCUACACUUGUGGCCAUACAUGCCGUUCCUGAAAAUGGCUUUAUCAUCAAGGGGUACUAGGACUAUGCCCUGCAUUUUAACAUAUUCUUUCCUUGUACAAAGCUGUCCUGUUAUCUCUUAUUUUCCCAUAUAUUUUUUCUAUAUCCCACUGCCACUCCUUGCCGGAAAUGCAAAUUCUUGAUUUGGGGUGGAGGCAGAGAUGUAAUAUUUGAGAUAAAGAAUAUAUUGAGAAAGUUGUUUAUGCACUCGCAAAUAUGCAUAGCACUGGACGCUGAUUGUAAGUCCUGUUUGCAGAAUAAUGUACUUGAAAGGAACUUCUUGUUAAAUACUUGAAUAUGGGGCAAAGUUCCAAUAGAUGUAGGGCCACUAAUUAUGAUAUAACUUAAGCUGUGGCUCUGCUUACAUGAAAGCGGUGCUCAGUGCAUAUUUCAGUUUUUUAAAAAGAAAAGAAAAAAAUUGAAACCUCGGUGCAAUCAUUACUGGGAUAGAUGUUAACGCCAUCUCCAUCUAGUACAUUUUUUGAUGUGGUUGAGCUAACUUUGCAGUAUUUUUCUCCAGAUAGCUAAACUGGAAUUAUCUACUAAUCAAUCCCACAUUAAAUGUUUGGUCUUUGCUAUAUAUUCCCAAAGGCAGAGCUGCUAAGGUAGGGUGGUCUCUUUCAUCUUCCCUUGCUCAUAUUGGUGGGUCUUUAGUAUGUACUCGUGUGAUCUUAAGUGCUGGCCUUUGUACAGCCCAUGUUUAAAGGCCAUUCUAACCUACCAAGAGUUCCUUCUCCCCAAACACACAUGAAGCAACUGGGGAUCUUGCAAGAGUACUGCAAAUAAGGGCUGUGCAGGAGCAGUUUAGUGAGUUGUGGCCUUGUUAGCAGCACAAACGCAACUCCACCACCUCUUUUUUGAGAAGAGAUUCCAUCCCUAUUCAGUAACAGUGUAUUUCCUUUGUGAAAUGAUCUUUGAUUAGUAUCUGCCGUGAAAUAAGAACCUUGUAUUGAAGUAUAGCAAUUCAAACUAAAAGACAAAUCCAAAAGGAAGUAAUGAAUGACAUGACUGCAAACUGAUUGGGUAGUAAAACAUGGAUCAGAUUGGUGAUGAAAAUGAACCUCUUGUCUCCUAACUUAACGAGUUAUAACUUUGGAGACCUUUAGACAUCUCCUCUUUGGAAUUCCUUUACCACCUUCUACGAACUGGACCCUCUAAUAUUGUUACCACUAUCACCACAGGGAUGAUGCGUAGUUCCAAUCGAGGCAGAAUAUCCUAAGUCUGGCCUCUGUCUAUCCUUGGGAAGUACUAUGGCUUAUUUGCACAAGCAGAAGCCUUGGACUUGCCAAGCGGCCACAGCUUCCUGUGCGCUUCAGGAACCUGGAAGCAGAGGUUUUCCUUUCUCCCACAUGGCAUUUUACUGGCUCCUUGCCAGUAACUGACUUUAAAUUGCCCAUGUAUUAUGUCUCCUUCUUUGGAAGUCUUAAGGCCUUAUGCCUGAAUGGGAAAAUACUUGCUGAAUCCCAGAUUUGGAUAUAGGUGCAGUGGAACUAACCUAGGAUGCCUGAAAACAUUCCAGCUUGCUUCACUGCAAGUUAUCUUAAAAGGCCUUCCAGUGAGUUAGCAGAUGCAGUACACAGGGUGAGGCUUUGUUUUCCCCCACUUGUAACUCAACACUGAAGAAAUGGUUCUAGUUGUCAACUAUUGCUGACCAGUGUUGAGUUACUAGUGAGAAUCUGACUGGAGGGACCAAGUAUUUGUAUUUGUAUUUUACAAAUAACCCUGUUCCAUAUUCUACAGUUCCUGGUCAUAGCAUUGCUGCAUUUGUCAUGUUCUGGAACUGAUUUAUUCACAUCCCCCUCCCAAAAUAGUCCAAAGCAGAAGAGAAAUUGGCAUGUGUCUCUUGCAUUUCAUCUUCAGGAAAUGGUACUUAUCCUGAUAUUAAAUGAAAAUUUGUCUUAAGUCUCUUGAGUCAUUUAAGUAUUAGCCACCAAGUGUUAUAUAGUCACAUCUUAUUAUCUGCUUAUUAAGAUAGGCUGCUGACACAGCCUAUGUUCCACUUCUAUUUGAGAUGAGUAGGUAAAACUGAAAGCAGUAUAAGCCUUAAGUGUCUUGCAUCCACCAAGAUAGUGUCUUGCAUCCACCAAGAUAGUGUCUUGCAUCCACCAAGAUAGUGUCUUGCAUCCACCAAGACUCUUUAGUAGAACAUUCUUAUAACCAAAUGAGACUAGACAUGAAGCUCCUACUAUUCAUCUGAGUUUUGGGAACUAUAUAAAGGGUGCUUGCUUAUCAAGAAGCAAACAAUAUUUGGAAAUGCUUUAAAAUAUGUCCAAAGGACAACAAAACUAGGAUAGUCUAGAUUGGCUGCUGCUUUCAGUUUACUUGUGUGAUCUUGUUUCUAAUAAGAGGCUGACUUACUCUUAAUAUAUUAAAUCAGGGGCAGCCAACGUUGGGCCCUCCAGAUGUUUUUGGACCACAGCUCCAAAUUAUCCCUUGCAAUUAGCCAUACUGCUUAGUACUGGUGAGAGUUGUAAUCCAGCAACAUCUGGAGGGUUACAACAUUGGUUACCCGUUAACAGUUGUCAUUUUUUAAUAAUGCAUCUUUUACAGCCUAGCACUAACAUAUUUGGUUACCACAAAAUCUAGGUCCAGUUCGUACAGCUUGUGAACAGCCACAGCUUUGUUCAGAGGCCCUUUGGUGACAGUAGCAGCAGUUGGAAUCAGUAGCCACAGAGCACCUGCGGGAGAAGCCCUUUCCCACCUUCUCAGCACUGUCGUCUCCAUUCAUUCACUUCCCCUCAACAGUCCCUGCUUUUAUCAGCAGAAAGGACCAUCAAAGUUACUAUAAGUUGUUAAUUCCUUCCUGCUGUUGUUCCUGUUCCUUCUAGGAUAGAGGUGCCCAACCAUUUUUCUGUUUAAGGGCCACAUUCUGUUGGGGGUAAAGUGUCCCAGGUGGGUUGGGCCAUCCUUCUCUGCCCAUCCUUACUAUCCACAUGAAUUGGGUUAAGGGGUGUGUGUUGCCCACCUGUGUGGUGCAGUGAGUGGCAGAUGGCAGCACUGAGAGAACUUUCCACAGGCACCUGUAGUUCAGGCCUGCAUAACUUGUGAUUCACCAGCUAUGACACACCGCUAUGGCUUGCCAGGCCUUUUGACAGCCCUCUUUUUUAAUGUUUUUUUUUAAUCUCAAAAGCAGGAGGUUGACUGAGUCCCUGGUGGGCCAUCAUAACUGACUGACAGGCUAUGUUUAGCUUCACAGGUUACUGUGAUGACCUGCUAUAGCUGUCAGUUUUGACUGUUGGUUGUGUAGAGUGCUAGAGUUCCCAGGUGGUAGGUUUCCCAUACAGAGUCCCGGUCUGGUCCAGCCCUCUUACGUCUCGUUCCAGCAAGAAUUCACAGAUACACAGGAACAGGUAUGUAGGAAGAGCUUUACUUUGUUGCAUAAAGUUCUUGAUGACAAAACAAGUACACACAUUCUCCAUACACUUACUCCAAUUCCUAACUCGUCUCUAACCCCCACACACACUGUUCCCUGUUCCCAUGCUUUAUUGCCCUUGGGCUGAUUAGGGCUCAUUAUGUCCAGCUGUGUGGCUGAUGCAAUCCUUCUCUAAUCUGUUACAUAGUUAACCCUUUCAUUCGCUGUUUAAUUCUUUGGGAAGCAACAUAGCCCAACAGUCCCCCACCUGUUUUACAAAGAAUAAACAUCUUGUUCUGUACAUGGUUAUGUUACUUGCAGGGUUACAUUAUUUACAACAUUCCCAGAUCAUGUAUUAGUUGCACAUGUCUGUCUUCUGGUAGUGGUUUUGUCAAGACGUCUGCUAACAUGGUCUCUGUUGCACAAUAUCUCAGAGUGAUCAAACCCUGAUUGACACAAUCUCGCACGUGAUGAUACCUGGUGCUCACGUGUUUUGUUCGUUUUGUGUGGCUUUCAGCCUGCGCUAACUGGAUGCAUGCUUGAUUAUCCUCAUAGACAAUAUAUGGCUUAGUUACCAGUAGUGACGCAUCCUGAAACAGCAUUGCAUACCAUUGCAGUUCUGUGCAUGCUACAGAGAGGCUGAUGAAUUCGGCCUCUGUGCUCGAAAUGGCCACUACUGUUUGUUUACUGCUAUGCCAGUCUAUGAGAGAGCCUUGCUAUAUGACAGCUAUACCCGACAUGGACUUUCAGGAGGAACUGUCAGCUGCGUGGUCUGCAUCUGCAUAACAGACCAAGCCGUCUCCUCGCACGGAGGACAGGAACAACCGUUUUCCUGCUGUGCCCUGCAGAUACCUCAAGAUCCGUUUGAGCCCAUCCCAGUCAUUGAGGGAUGGACACUCUACCUUUCUGCACAAUAUAUUGAUGGCGUUACAGAUGUCUGGCCGUGUCAUCAUCGCAAGAUAUAGCAGCUUACCCAUGAUGCUUCUGUAUUGUUGAGGGUCCCCGUGGGCCUCACUGUUAUGUUCCUUCUGGAAGUCUACUACCAUUGGGGUCUUUACGGGUUUACAUUCUGCCAUGCCAUGUUCUUUUAACAUUUGCCAUAUUUUCGGCUCCUGGUGCAGAGAGAAACUGCCGUCAUUAUGUCGCAGGAUCUCUGUUCCUAGAUAAUGAGCCACGGGACCAAGCCCUGUUUAAUUCCUUGGGAAGCAACAUAGCCCAGCAUUGACAGCUGCUGUAACUAUCAACCUGAGUUCUUUGAAUAUCUACAGUUAGUUCACAGGCUGAAAUUUGAACCAGAAUGUCUAUUUUUAUAAUUCCAAAGCUAUCUUUCCCUUCACUUUGUCUGCCGUCGUGUGUUGGGCAUGCAUGUGCAUCCUGGUUCAACAUCAACACAUGUUCGUAGUUGGGUCCACACAAUGUUGAUUUCCUCAACACUCGGAAUGUUACUCAGCCAAGUCACCACUUCAGCAGUCACAAUUCUGAAUUGUUUUGCCUUGAAGAGUUGAUUGAUUCUGUGUAAUAAUGCAAUUAAUCGCUUUAAAUUAUAGCAUGUGUUUUUUAAUAUAUAUAUAUAUACACAACAGUUAAUUGAGUUUUUCCAUAUUACAACCAGGAAUUUUAUUUGUAUAUAGAAACUGAAAAAAUAGGUGUCUGGAACACUAGAAGUUCUUCUUUUAUUUACUGUUCUUCCUCCCCCUCCUUUGUGGUAUUUUGCCCUGCAUGGAUGUCUGUUUUAUUUUUUUGUUGAUAAAGAAUGUUUGUUAAAGGUCUCGUGCCUUCAGACCUUUUUGUAAAUUUAUGGAAUAAACAGUUAAGAUGAA